AUGCGCCUCCUUCGCGAUGACCUCAACCUCUACCCAAACCUCGAAGCCCCGAGCUUGUUCUGGCGCAGUGCCUCGUACCAGACCAUCCUUGCCGUCUCAGCCUUUUCACGCUUCUUCAUCUAUGCGCUGAACAGAACGGAAGUCCAUGGACUACCACGCUUCCUCGACCUACUCAAGUCGCGCGCCGACUACAAAACGCGCCGACGCGGUCUGCUUACCGUCUCCAACCACAUCUCGGUCAUGGACGAACCACUGAUAUGGGGCGUCCUUCCUCUCUCCUUCGCCGCCUUUCACGGCUACAUGAACCACCGUUGGAGUUUCGGGAGUCAUGACAUCUGCUUCAAGAAUGCCUUCACGUCGCACUUCUUCACCCUGGGCCAAACUCUGCCCACUCAUCGAAGCGCACACUCCCCAUUCGGCGGCCCCUACCAGGCCACCUUGACCGAAGGCAUACGGUUACUCUCCAAGAUCUCCGCGACAAAGCAGGCGUUGUGUCCAGUGAACAACCCUCACUUCCAUAAGGACUACAGACACCCUCAGUGGCCGUGGGACUGUGUAGACCCUUUCUCCGAUAUCACCCUUCCACCUUCGUACCCAUCCCAACCCAACGAUGUCAGGUGGUAUCUCUCGCCAUCCCGCUAUGCAAGCAAUUCGUACAGUUGGGUCCAUAUUUUUCCGGAAGGCAUGAUCCAUCAAGCCACGGACAAGACAAUGCGCUAUUUCAAGUGGGGUGUGGCUCGCCUGAUCCUUGAGCCACCGGAAUGUCCUGAUGUGGUGCCCAUGUUCAUCGAAGGGACGGACCAGGUGAUGCACGAGAGUCGUACAUUUCCGCGUUUCCUACCCAGAAUCGGCAACAAUAUCUCGGUCGCAUUCGGGAAGGAGUUGGAUGUUGAGGCUGUCUUUGGCGAUUUACGUAAGCGAUGGCGCGAUUUGGCGGAUCGCCAUGCGAGAGAGGCAGGCCUGCCAGGUUGGGACGAGGCAAUUCUGGGCCUUGUGCCUGAGAACCUGGCAAAUCACCCAGAGGCCGUCGAGUUGAGGAAAGAGUGUACAAAACGCGUUCGCGAGGCAGUUCUGGAGGUGAGGAGGUCGAGAGGUCUACCCGACGAGGAUCCCAAGAAUGGGGUUGUUGAGACAUGGAUGAGAGAAGGACCCAAGCGUGAAGGCUUGAUGGAUGAUGGUACAUGGGUGAAAGACACUUGA